AGCGUGCUCAAUUCAGUGCUCGAAAUCUGAAUCGGGCAUUGAGGAGGCAGUGUUCUACGGCUGAACCGGGCGAGUCAAAAUCGGUAAUAAACCCUAAACCCCUCAAAACUCAUAUCUUCAAGAAUGGAAUGCAUAAUGAAUGGGGUUUCUGAAUUGUGAAAAGAAUUAGGUGUUCUGGGUUUUAGGGUUCUCUGCGUUGUCUCUGGAAACAUUGAGUUAUGGAGGGUUUGCAGAAGUUGAUUGGCAAAGUCUCAAAAGACCCACCAAAUUUGGGCAACUCUUCGUCUUCGUCCUCGUCUUCAUUUGACAGUCACCGUGCCGGUGAAGGUCUCGCUGCCGCUUUGUCUUCUUCUGAUCAGUCUCGUAUUCUAUUCAACAGACCUGCCAGGCAUGUAGUAUCACUGUGGACGUGUUCAAAGCUUUGUACACUUUGCUUUGUUGCUGGAAUUGUUGUUGGUUAUACACUGAAGCGACGUGUCCGAAGCUGGGCUUCCAGACUACUCAAGAGAAUCAAAAAUGAAUGAUUGCAGCUGGAUCUCUUUGUAUUAAUCUGCUUAAUGUAUCGUCGUCCAUAGAUAAAUGACUCUGCAACAAUAGUUUUUCGCUCUCGAAAGAGUGCAAUUUUGAGAAGUUAUCAGCAGAAAAGGUAUCAUUUUUUUGGAACUUUGUAUUAUAUUGGACGACAUUUCUACAUAUAUGACAAACAAUUGCAUUUACAUC